CCGCUAUUGCGUUUUCGCCGGGGAGUAUCGUGGCCUCCGUCUUGGUCUCUGGCGCAGUCUACUUUGUCAUUUCGUUCGUCCAGCAUCGCCGGUUCUACAAGGACUUGGUACGUGUCAACCCGCACACCUCUCCCUUUGAUUAGAUUCACCCGUCCUUCACAUCCCUUCCAUCUCCACUCUCUCCUAUCUCAAAAGACUCGCACCGUCUACAUCCCCUGCCGGACAUCCGAUCAACCACUCCUAACCCACGUUCCCAGCCCAAACCACCCCACAGCUUCCUAUGGGGCAAUCUCAAAAUCAUUGGCGAAACAUUCACCCUCUUUCCGCCAAAAGCCCACGCCCAACUCGUCUUCACGACGCUCUCGCAGAAAUACAAACUCCCCGGCCUCUUCUACAUGGACCUCUGGCCGGUCGCUCCGCCUCAGAUCAUCAUCACCGACCCGGAUCUCGCGCUCCACAUCACCGUGGCGAACAACCUGCCCAAACACGAAUUCGAAACCAAGUUUGCGGGCCCCGUAGUGGGCAAGGGGAGUAUCCUGCUCGAAGAAGGAGCGUCCUGGAAACAACUGCAUAGGAUGCUAGCCCCGGCCUUCAACGCCACCAAUGUACGCAACCGCACAUCCAUGGUAGCCGACGAAGUCAUGAUCUUCCGCUCCAUCCUGCACAAGUACGCCGACUCGGGCGAGCCGUUCAGCCUCGAGCAGGCCAUCUCCAAACUCACCUUCGACCUCAUCUUCACGACGACGUUUGGCUUCUCGCAGCACGCGCAGCAGAAGGGGAGUGCGAUUCUGGACCUUUUCAAGAAGCUGCUGGACCAGAAUUACAUCAUCCAGGAGUCGUUGAACCCGAUCAAGAGGCGUCUGGCGCGGUGGAGAUGCGCGGCCGCCUCGCGCGAGCUGGACGGGCUCAUCGAGCCCUUGGUCAAGGAGCGAUAUGCCCUCGUGCGCGAAAAGAACCUCGACGUGAGCCAGCGCGUCGGCCUGAGCAUCAUCGACCUCGUCAUCCGCGAGUACCUCCAAGAAGAAGCCGGCAGGACCGACAAUAAGGGAGACGCGAAAAGCGACUCCCCUUCUUCCUCGCCAUCACCCGCCUUCCUCGCCACGGCCAUCGCGCAAAUCAAGACCCUCCUCCUCGCCGGCACCGGCACCGCAACCGACACCUUGUGCUUCGCGUACAUGCUGCUCUCCAAGGAACCGGGCAUCAUCUCGCGCCUCAUCGACGAGCACAGCCGCGCCUUCGCGCCGAGCAUCGACGAAACAGUAUCGCUCCUGCACUCGUCCCCCGGCCGACUCGCCGACCUGGAACUCACCACCAACGUCCUCAAGGAAACCCUCCGCCUCUACCCCAUCGGUCACACGGUCCGCGCCGCCGACGCAAUCGAGUACAAGGGCCGCGUGUACCCGGCAAAGGGCCACUUGAUCUUCCCCCUCUCGCACACGAUGCAUUAUGACCCGUCCGUGUUUCCAAACCCCUCGCGCUUCGAUCCCGAUCGCUUCACCCCUUCUUCCUCUUCUUCUUCUUCUUCUUCUCCUUCGUCAUCUACCUCUUCGUAUCCGGAUGGCCUCACGCAUCCGCGACACGCAUGGCGUCCCUUUGAGCGCGGACCCCGCGCCUGCUUAGGCCAGACCAUGGCCAUGGAGGAGAUGAAGGUCGUGCUGUUGUUGACGGUGCGGGAGUUCGAGUUCGAGGUGCUGCCGUGCGAGGGGGAGGGAGAGAAGGAGAAGGGGAAGCCGAGGCAGAGGGUCCCGUGGACGGAUCUGGAUACGAGGUUUGGCGAUGUCGCGUUCCAGGAGAUGGUGUUUGAGGCGCGGCCGAGGGGGGGGAUGAGGGUGAGGGUUAGAAGGAGUGGGAAGGAGAGGGGUGGGGGGAAGGUGUGAGCGGGCGGGGGAAGAAGGGGCGUGGAAUUGGAUUCAGUAGGUUGUGUUGGGAGGUAAUGGAGGGUGGUGGGUGAGGGAAAUGGAAGGUUGUAAUGGUGAUGGGGAUGGGAGCAUGGUGGAUGGGGAUGGAAGAUUGAAUGGACCUUCAAGAAACGGACUGUAGAUACACUCUCCUCCUUCUCCACUGGCUUGGGCAGCUGGACAUGUAAUUAAUAUAGACAGCAAACUUUCUCUUCUUCUCUCCACCUCCCUGCUUGAUUACUGUAUAUAAUAACGAUGCAUAAAGACCCUGAUGGUGCAUGUCUAUACCGAAGGAGCAAAUAAUAACUAGAGGAAAUGGAGAGUUACAGACG